UUCUCUCUCCAGAGGCUGACAGGACGCACGUCAAACCAUGGUCAUGUUGCGGAGGUGCAUUUUUAACAGGAUUUACCAACAGUUUUAUUCAUGCAAUCAAUUAAGCUCUAAAAGUCUUCUGUCAGCUGGGGUUCCUUCUGCAGUGUUGGGUGGACACAGAGCCGCUUGGCACAGGAGCAAUUCAACUGUUCCGGAUCUAAGGGAGCGGACUCUUAUUGCUGUAAAGCCAGAUGGAGUUCAGCGUCGUCUCAUAGGACAAGUCAUCCAGCGCUUUGAGCAGCGGGGCUUCAAGCUGGUUGGCCUGAAAAUGCUGCGGGUGUCUGAGGAUCUCCUGUCUCAGCACUACACUCAUCUGAGGACUAAGCCCUUCUAUCCCAGGCUGGUGGAGUACAUGACCUCAGGGCCUGUGGUUGUCAUGGUGUGGGAAGGGCACAAAGUAGUCCAGGCAACCCGUACAAUGGUGGGACAUACUAACCCAGCAGAGGCCCAGGCAGGCACAGUCAGAGGAGAUUUCAGCUUUCAUGUCAGCAGGAAUGUGGUUCAUGCAAGUGAUUCACUGGAGACGGCACAGAGGGAGAUUGGGUUGUGGUUUCAGAAAAAGGAGCUCCUGAACUGGGACUGCAUUGACAAGACCAUCACCUGUGAGGUGUGAAGAUGCUGAGAGGCAGACGCAGUGAGAAUCAGAAAUACUACCUCUUCUCCUGCUGCUCAAAGGUGUGUCCUUUGUGACAGUGUGAUGACACCACAGUGAUUGCAACAGAUGAGUCAAAUUCAGUGUUCCUACCAAAUAAUUUACCUCAGUAUCAGUGCACUUAGAGUCACAAAGAUUUUUGUUGAAACAAAUGUGACUGACUUUUUUUUUUUAAUCAAGCUACAUUAGCAGCAAUGCACAUACAAAUAUAGCUGUUACAUCUUUAAUUUAAGAGCAAUAAUAGGAGCAGUUGUGACUCAGGGUGAGAUGUGUGUAGUAAUCAUUUGUCAUUCUGGACCCUGCAACAGAUAAAUAUAGUAUUGUGAAUAUGUGCAAAACACUGAGCUGCAGUUUGGAGCCAUAGUGGAUUAACUUAAAGGAAUUCUUCACCUACAAAAUGAUCAUUUAGAUAUCAGUUACUUCCCUUUUCAUGCGAGAGACUAAAUUUGUGAAGAAAACUUAGCUUCUCUCACAUGCCUCCACGGUGAACAAAGAAUCCAAAUAAGAGAGAGUUCUUGGAUUGAGAUAAAAUGGCUUUGUGUAUCAAAACUAUAUCAAAACAUCUGUGGUCAAACUCUCACACAACUCGUAUAGUAUAAUCCAAGUCACAUUUAUCCAGUCGCAUGCUCAGUACUUCGCAGUUUUAGAUUCUUUGUUCACCAUGGAGCCAUGUGAGAAAAAAAAAUUCGUUACGAAUUCCAGGGAACACAGGGUGAGUAAUUCAGACUUCCCGCAGUCAUUAAAUUCCUGGAAAAGUAAUGAGAUUAGAAAAACUGUUUUCCGGGCCUGGAAAUGGAUAAGAAAAAAAUAAUAUACAUUGUUUGGGCUGUUGUUUAAAGUCUGUUCAUAAAAAAACAUCACAUGAAAUAUGUUCCUAGUAUGACUAAUUUAAAAUCUAGUGCCGUCUUGCGUGACCAUUGAAAUGUCUCAAGUAUCAUGUGACAUACAUAGACCAAACUGGCAUUGCAUCAUCACAUUAUUAAGAGCAUGCCCCUUUUUGGUCACCUAUCCACUUGAUUGGGGGAAGACUGACAGGACAUGACAACAGUCAACCUUGAUUUAUUGAGCUAUCUCAAACACUUAUAAUCCAAACACACCUCAAAUUGCACUGACAUCUACAGGAUCUUUGGUUUUCUAUCCCCCAAAAAGGGGCAGGGCCUUGACGUUUUGUUAAGUACCCGUAUGUGCCAGUCAUGUGCAGCUAGUUGGCAGUGAGAAUAUGUAACGAGCAAGUAAAGUUAGCAAGAGCUAGCAGUUUUCUUAUCCACAUAUACCUGGAAAUGCAUGUGUAAUAAUGAAUGGCUAUAUCAGGCUACACAUUUUAAACUACCUAAAUAAAUUCAUGGAAAUGGGCUAAAAUAUUCUGAUCAUUUUGUGGGUGUAGUAUUCCCUUAAUUAAACCUGACUGACAGACGCAGAUAUUGUCAGUGGCUCAGCACCUGAUUUACAGCUGAAGUGUAUUGUAUGUGGCGCAAAGCAGGUCAAACGUCAACAAUAAAUCUGGAUAGCUAUUGGUCUGGAUAGUCUAAAGUGCUGUAAAGUUACAAGUUACUUCAUGUCAAAAAUUGAAGUAUUACCAAGCAAUAAAGAAAAAGUAAGAUCUAAUUUGUAAUUUGUAGGAGUUGACUUUCUACUGUUUGAUAAUCAUGCACAGCUCCAGCAGGCUAAUAGAUUGAUAAUAAAAAUAUCACAAAUUUUUCCUUAAUGUGAGGUAAUAAUAACUAAUACAUUAAAUGUUAUAUACAGUAGUGUUGUUUUGGGAGCAGUCUAUGAAGUGCACUAAAAAACGUUUUUAGAGGCGUCUACCGACAAGUGCAGUAUGUCCUCAACUACUAGUGUAAUUAUCCUACUUUAAAACUGUAAUCUUGUAAAUUUUUGUAACCAAAAUUGUUAAAUGAUAUGCCUACCUCUGUUUAAAAGAAGAAAGAAAUUAAAUAAGAGGGUGAAUGGUUUCAAGCGCACAAUUUUGUCAGGGAUUGUCUGAAAUUGGACUAGCUGAUUGUAGUUUAGCCAAAAUAUUAUGUAAAAUGUGUUGGUGCUAUCAGUGUAUAAAUGUGCUUCAGCAAUAUAAUGGUGAUUUAUCUCCGCCUGUUUUGAUUGAGCAUUGAAUGAUUCGGAUUUUAUGUAUGUCGACAUUUGAGUGUCACCAAAAAAAUGACUUCAGUCUUUUGUUGCACUCAUUAUGUAUAAUUAAAUUACUAAUCUAGAUUCUUUAAUCUUAUGAAAAAUGGUAUGUUUUGAUCAUAUAACUUGUUGAUCUCAUAAUAAGGAAAAAAGGGUUGCAGUAAACUCAUACAAAUGACACAAAAAUACACUUAACUUAAAUUUUAUUCAAGCCACUGUAUUAACAGCAAUGUAUCCCCUUUGUUGCUGUGUUGUUGAGCAUUAUGUCAUGAUAUGCUCCACAGCCGAAGUCUCAAAAACACAGAAUCAGAAAUCAUUUUAGUCUCCAUAGAAAAUCAUAGAAUGAGUCAGGACUGAAACUGUGUAUUCAUCAUGUAUCAGUUGAAUGUGUAUUUGGUCCAAAAGAGCAUCUGGCUGCAACAAGAGACACUGUAUUAACACAGAUUGAUGUGCAAGCAAUAAAAACUCAGUCAAUCAAA